AUGGAGAAACCAGUCUCAUUCUUUAACUAUGCCCAACUGUAUCCACACAUCCCUCCUGACAUGGCGUAUGUAAACAACGUCCUGGCAGCGCAGAAUGAUGCAAUCUACCGAAAGCACUGGAGCUUUGCAAAUCUGCCUCUUCAACAACUUCGAUUUGCUUCACGUGAGGAUGCAGUUCUCCGUGAUGAACUGCGACAAACUAGGAAGAAGUUGACGCAGAUGGAGAGGAAGAUUGAAGAUCUUGAGGGUCAACUGAAUCCUCGUAAAAACAGGCAACCUUACUAUGGGCAACCUGCUCCCGAUGUUUCGAGGAUCCAACGAAGUGCUGAGACAUCUGCUGAACCUGACCUCACAUCAUGGCUGGCGCAACAGAGACAAAACUGUGAACUGUGGAAUCAAAAUUUUGCACUUAAAGAGUGUCUACGGAACAUUGAAGUUGAAAACAAUGUGUUGAGAGAGAUGUGCCGACAGAAAGAGGUAAAUAUUUCGCUACUGGAAAAGAAGGCGCGAGAACUUAAAGCAGAUCUUAACUUCUACAGCGAUAUGAAUCGAAGCACGAAAGAAAUUACGGAGGCGUUCAAUUUCAAACCGUUUAAGGAAGAAGAAGUUGACUCAUACAAAUGCACGUGUGGCCAGUGCUGA